AUGAACCUAGGCUUCACGGAAGGGUAUCUAGUAAAGGUUUUCAUAGGAGGACUAAAAGGAGACCUCGGCUGGCGAGUGAAGAGAUUCAAACCUGUGGAUCUCGGGGAAGCGUUUGAGCAAGCCAAGCUCAAUGAGGCCUUAAGAAAACCCACACCCAAUCUAAAUAAACUACCCAAUAUACACCACUCCCAAUCUCAUAGACCUUCAUAA